CUGCAUUUCGCCCCCCUCACUCCGGCCCCGGGACAGGCCAGCCGGCUUGCCCUGUGUCUCUAGUAGUUUCCGCGCCGCUGACGCUCGCUUGCGCUCACAGCGGGGCCGGGCGCGUCCUACGCAGCAGCCGCGAGCUGGCCUGCCGGUGCCAGACCGUUCCCGGCGGGGGGCAGGGGCGGGGCGCCGCAGAAGGCCUGGGACUCCCGGCGGAGGAGCCCCAAGGAGGUCCGCCUGACGACUGAGAGUUGCCAUGGCAUCCUACUACGAAAUCCUAGACGUGCCGCGAAGUGCGUCCGCUGAUGACAUCAAGAAGGCGUAUCGGAAGAAGGCGCUUCAGUGGCACCCAGACAAGAACCCAGAUAAUAAAGAGUUUGCUGAGAAGAAAUUUAAGGAAGUGGCCGAGGCAUAUGAAGUGCUAUCCGACAAGCAUAAGCGGGAAAUCUAUGACCGCUAUGGCCGGGAAGGGCUGACAGGAGCAGGAACUGGCCCAUCUCGGGCAGAAGCUGGCAGUGGUGGGCCUGGCUUCACCUUUACCUUCCGCAGCCCUGAAGAGGUCUUCCGGGAGUUCUUCGGUAGUGGAGACCCUUUUGCAGAGCUGUUUGAUGACCUUGGUCCCUUCUCGGAGCUUCAGAACCGGGGUGCCCGACCCUCUGGUCCUUUUUUUAGCUUCUCUUCCUCCUUCCCUGGGCACUCUGAUUUCUCCUCCUCAUCAUUCUCCUUCAGUCCUGGGGCUGGUGCUUUUCGUUCUGUUUCUACAUCUACCACCUUUGUCCAAGGACACCGCAUCACGACACGCAGAAUCAUGGAGAACGGGCAGGAGCGGGUGGAAGUAGAGGAGGAUGGGCAGCUGAAGUCAAUCACAAUCAAUGGUGUCCCGGAUGACCUGGCAUUGGGCUUGGAGCUGAGUCGUCGUGAGCAGCAACAGUCAGUCACCUCCAGGUCUAGCAGUACUCAGGUCCAGCAGACACCUGUUACACAGCCUUCUGACAAUGACUUCUCUGAGGAGGAUGAGGACCUGCAGCUUGCCAUGGCCUACAGCCUGUCAGAGAUGGAGGCAGCUGGGAAGAAACCGGCAGGUGGGCGGGAGGCACAGCAACGACAGCAGGGGCGGCCCAAGGCCCAGAACCAGGAUCUGGGAAUGGGGGGGACCCAUGAGGGCGCAAGGGGUGAGGCAGCCAAACACAGCCCAUCCCCAGAGGAAAAGGCCUCCCGAUGCCUCAUCCUCUGAACACCAGGCCCAGCUCAAGCCAAUUCGGGUCAUGACUGGAGUCUGGCUUAUCUGUUGGGAGAGCAGAGAAGGGCAUGGCUGUUUACAGAGCCUGUCUCCAGCUCCAUGCUCCCUCCAUACGUUUCUCUCCCAGGCCCCCUUGCACUCCAGUGUGGACUUGGGAUUUGCUGUGCUCAGCCCAGGCCUGAUAAGUCCCUGGGUGAAGGCCAGGGUGGGGCAUCAGGGCAGUGGAAGGGCCUGAGGAGCCAGGAUGUACUUAUUGGAUGGGGAGUUCCUGAAGGGUAAUUGGUGGUUUGGCCUCGGACUUUUGUGCCCAGGUUUUUGCCACCUGUGUUGCUGAUGGUGUCAAGGAAGGAGGACUUGGCCUGGGUUCUCUGAGCUCGAGUUGGCAGCUGCACUGGAGAGCAAUGCAGGCUCUCCUUGUCCAGCUGCAGACUCCCCCAUUCUGGUUUCUGUGCAGUGUUAAGCUCUGACCAUCUCUAUUGCUUCCCUUCUGGUUUUGGUUCUCAUUCCUCCCACUCUUCUCUCUGCAACUGUCUGCUGGCUGCAUCGCUUGCUUUCAGGGCCAUUCAUCUGGUUAGGACUCCCUUCUUCCUUCCUUGAGAAGGCCUCAGUGUGGCAAGGAAGAUGCUGGGGCCCAUAGGGCCAUGAGGUCUUCUGGGGAGGCUAGCUGGGUGGGGCAGGAGCCUCCAGAUUCAGAGCUGGAGUCCAUUCCUCCUCCUCCUUCCUCUUGCUGCCUCAGCCUGCCCCCUGCCUUGGGCCCAGGCAGAGGUGAAGCUGGCUAACCCUGGAGAGGUGGGAUGGGGCCAGGGUGACCCAGGAGGGAGUCUAGGAGGGGUCUGUACCCCAUACUUCCCCACCAUGCUUCAGGGCUCAGGGAAAGGCCACACCGCUAGCCGAGGUCUGCAUGUUCAGCUACAUCUCCAAGGCUUGCCGCUGACCCUCUCUCCUAUCACCCCACCCCCGCUCUCUCCCCAGAUGUGUUCUGAGCUGGAUGUCCCGGAUCCAGAGUCGCUGCACAGUUCCAACAAGACAGUGCCCUGCCCCACGUGCUGGGAGGGCCCUCUCCAUUCCUCUCCCUAACCCAUACUGAGUGUAGAGCCGGGGCCUGGGUGGUGGGUGUCGGCUGGCGGCCAGGUGGGAGGCGACAUAGUCGUCGUCUGUGCAGGCUCUUCCUUGGGUGGUUAGUUGUAGCGCUUGAGGACUACAAAUCCCAGAAUGCAGUGCACCCGACCUCAUUUCUGAUAGGUCACACUUGGGAACUGGUAUGUGGUGUGGUGCUGUGCAUCUUGGGACAUGUAGUUCUAGUCCAGGUCAGCCUCUUACUGCCAGGCAGGGAGAUCUUGUCUUUUCAUUUGUCCCUGGAGGCCUGGUGAGAAUGUGGAUGAUGGGGGGAUGAUCAGAGAAUUGCCAUUCCCCUGACACAUUUGCUAGCCUCAGGAUUAGAGUGGUCAUAUCAAAGCCCUGCAGCAUCUGGGUGAGGUUCUUUUCCUAUGGGCAGCCUGGGGUUUGAGGAACUGGCCAGAGGAACCAGCCAGAGCCGUAGCAGGUCUGACUAAGCUGGGUGGGGCCUCAGAAGUCUGAAUUGUGUGGACAGGCAGAGAGCCUGGAAGGGAAGAGUGCCCUUGAGGGGUGUGUGUGGGUGUGUGUGUGGCUGGGACUGGCAUGUGAUGAGAGCUCGGGGCAUGCUGCUGCUUGUUUGGCUUUCUUUGGCCUCUGACCCUGCUGCCCAUUCUUUCUCUCCAUUAUCACAGAUGAGCUGCCUCUCCUCCUCCCUGCCUGGGGACCCCAGUGGCCAGGGAGGGGAGUGGUGGAAUCAGCCCUGUAACAUUGAGCCUCAGAGACCUAUCAAAGCCAGCGGGGCUGAGCUCAGACUGAGGGAGACACUGGAAGUCAAUAAAGCUGAGUUUUGAGA